UUUAUUCGUUUCUUCGAGUUCGUCGAGAGAGGUUCGCCCCGAUCGGUAGCGCUAUAUUUAAAAACCUAGUGCGCAGUGCGCUUAUACCCGAAAAGGUCGAAAAACAUUGCUGUUACAACGACUGCAAGUUGUAUAGACAAACAUAACACAAAAGUGCUGCCACGAGCAGCUAUCUUAUAAAAAACUCCAACAAGAGACGGAAACGUUUCGUUUUGUGAGUGGAAUUGUGUGCUGUGCUGUGUGUCCAAAUCACCAUUCGAAGACAGUGACCAAGUGCUAUUAGACCAAGGCCUUUGCUUAUAAAUAUUUUAUAAACAAUUGCAGCGUGAAAUUUCACUUUUGAAGGCAGCAAGACAUAAAAUAAGCUGCAACAGACGCACACACAGAAUACUUGCUCUCCCAAAUACACACACGCUCGCGUUUGGAGACCGUGAUUUGUAUUUGUAUUCGUGUGGAGACUGCCUCUCUCUUUUGGGGCUGUCCGAACACAAAGUUUUGGCGCCAAAAGUUUGACAGUUCGCUUUGGCGUGCGAUUCGCAAACAAGUGGCAAGAAAAGUGCGUCUCAAAACAGAGCAGAAAAACACUAGGGGAACCCAAAACAGAUAUUGACUAGUAAAUCAACAUGGUCAGUGCUCGAGUCCUGAAUCCUGUGAUGCUGAGUGAAUUCUGCAAGAUGAGCAGCAGUCCGGCGGUGAGUCGUAAUCUGCCCUGCGGUCGUCAGUUGAAUCGCAUAAAGCGUGACCUCUUCGGUAGCUCCAAGUCCGCCGAGGGUACAGCCACCAAAACACCCUUUAAUGCCGAACUGGAGCGCCAUCAGGAACUGGCCACGCAAAAAUGGGGCUUUGACUUCCGCGCCGGCUGCCCAUUGGCUGAAAAAUCGCACUUCAUCUGGGAGCGCGUCAGCUUCCAGGAGUCCAGCUUCGCCCCAGAGAUGUACACCCUAACCAGGGCCGCCCACGUACGUCCUUCAGCGGAUACAAGUCCUAGCGACAUGGACAUUUUGGUAAACGAGCGCUCGGAACGGGAGAACUUUGGCUCCAACCUGGGUAAUUCCUCACUGGAGUCCAACACGGAUAAUGAUUCCUGCUACGACUCACAGGACGAAUCGCUGACAAUGCGGUUCAGCUCCUCCAGCACGGCAAGCACCUCCUCGAUAGUCCUGCGCAAGCGACAGCCAAAAAUCACAGAGUUCAUGAAGGAGCGCAAGCGUCUGGCUCAGGCACCCAAGAAACUAUCGCCCGCAAAACGCCUGCGCACUAGUUCUCCCAGUUCUUCCGCCACUUCCAGCUCCAGCGGUGGAUUCGGGUUGGGGGCGCACUUUGGGGCGAUGUUGAAGCGGCCGCGCAACAACUAACGCUCUAGAUUCGCUGGCUAACCCACCGAAUUGCAAUUUGUAAUUUUAUUUUUUAUAAGCCACUGCGAUUGUGUAGUAUUUCCUAAUUUUUUAUUACGAACAUUUUUAUGCAGUGCAAGGGCGACAGUUGCGAAUAUUAAUCGUUAGUCUUCAACUACUCGUAACCAGUAAUUAGUUGUAAGUCAACCAGUAAGCUCGAGCUACAUGAAACUUUUUAGAUUUCUCUAGUGAGAAAUGCCAUAAACUAAGUGAUUAGUUCUUAACAACAAACAACUAUUGAACAAGAAGAGAGAGACCGCAAGCUGAAUGGAAUUAGUCUUAACUAUCUUGAAGCCAACCGAAAUUUAACCUUUAUAACGAUGAAAUACUAACUUUACAUAACUUUGUAAAAUCCUUGCAAAUUUCAUCGGCAACUUUUGCAUUUGAAAUUUGCCGGGGGAACAAAACUCAUCCUUUCUUUGUCCUGCCAGUUCAUCCAAAUACUGAAACUAAGGGCUGAGUAAAAUUUAGUUUUGUACUGCACAUUAAGGGCGCUAAAACGAUGCCUCAAUAAGCCGCAUUUUGGCUCAUUGCUGCUUUGUUUUUUCGACCUACUAAAAUUGUACCCAAUUCGACCAGUGGAAAACAAACAAAAAAGAGGAAUGUCUUUGAAUUAACUUCGUCAAUUUCUGCACGUUUGGAUGCCUAUUUAUAUGAUGCCGCCGAAUGGACACAAAUUGUCGCGCUCUCAUUUCUUAACCAUUGGUAAAAAUGUCUUUUAUGAUUUGCUAUGAUCUCUGGGCAAAUUAUGAAAACAAUUUUGCCUGAAACUAUCAUGUACAAAAACUAGAUUACUUUACUAUACACAUAGGCAGAGCCUAUUCUUCAUAACACUUAUACAAAGCAUCUAUUUGUAAGGCCUAACUAAGAACAAAUCCAAAGUAUUCUCCUAAUAUUUAUAUGUAUAGACACUAUGUAUAAUUAAACCAUAUUCAACUCAUACUUCAAUAAACGAAACACAAAAACA